AUGAUGGAAGAUGUCUCAAGGUGGUCACGAGAUGUGCAGAGACAGACAGCAGACUCGCCGAGGCCACCAGCACCUAUUCGAGCAAUAUCGAGCGAGCCCAGCGACGAGGCGACCGCGAGACCGUCACUCGAGCAAGAUGGAGCCCUGACAGACCGCGCACUGGCCAUAGACACCUCUCCCGACAAGCCUGCACAUUCAGACGUCCUUCAGUCACGCAUACAUACCCUUCUGCACAGUCAGAGCUCAGCCUCGACAAAGUUGGCAGACUUGCAUGCUGUCAGCAUGCUCGACUCGCCCUCGUCCAGACUCACCUCGCACUUCCGCACCGUCAACGUCUCAGACAACGCGAGACGAUACGCGCAUAUGGCGUCUGCUCGGGUGGCUAAGCAACCGGGCCGACAGGAAGCAGACGCUCGUCAUGUGCGCGUCGACAUCCAGUCCAUCGUAGAUCCACCGUCUUUGCUCAAACUCUUGCGAGGCCGGCGGAAGAUGCAUCUAGAUGAUCAUGCACGUGGAGGAAUGCAAGACGAAGAGCGCUGCUUUCCGCGCAUACAGCGCUUAGCCAAUGGCGCAGAAAUCAUAGAAUACGGCAAUGGUCUAGAGCGAAAUAUCGAUGCUACUGGUUGGAACAGGAAGAACAAGCUGGCUUUCAUGGACACCCACGGCAUCGACAUUUCUGUCGUCUCGCCUUCGUCAUGCAGACUGGACUUUUUAGACGCGCAAGACGCCAUUCAGGCCGCAACAGACAUCAACGCGGAAUUGCUGCAGUACUGUCAAGGGCCGGUCGAGACGACCUCUGUGCCAAAGAUCGGUGACAAGCCUGAAAUCGUCAUGUCCGAUAGGCCAGAGAGUGCAAUGCUCGGCGCCCGUACGCAGAGCUCGAGUACGCAGUCUGCAGACAUGUCUGGCAUCCUCUCGCCUUCGAUUUGGUCCACAGGGAUGGACGAGACCUUCAAGCCCUUUGCAGAGCGCCGUCUGUACGCGUUCCUAGCGCUGCCCCUUACAAGGUCAAUAACGAGCGAUGAUCUGACCGGCUUUCUCGAUUCGAGCGAAGCAUCUGAGCUUUAUUCUCGUGGCUACGCUAUUCCGACUGUCGGGCUAGGCAGAGGCUUAGCCGACCCUGCCCUCGAGCCGCUAUGGGCAAAACUUGACGACCAAGGGACGCCUGUGCUCAUUCAACCUUCUGGUCGAUGCCACUGGAAUGUUCAGUUCCGCCGGGAUAUCGCAUCGCACCCACAGCCUGGCAAGCCACCGCGGCGUGAUCAUAUCGCAGAUGCACAGUUUCUGGAUCACGAGUCGAAUGACGACGACCGGACCGUUGACGCGCUCUCUAGUGCCUAUUCGGAGGCAUUCGAAAUGACCGUGACUUUAUCUGAACUGAUUCUUUCCGGCAUCAUGGACCGAUACCCGAGUCUCAAGAUCAUUUUUUCACAAGCUGGCGGUGUCUUGCCCCUGCUCGCUGUCCGCUUACAUGCCGCGCUUGGCAGACACGACGAUUUGCGCCACAGGCUGGAGAAUGACGUGCGGUGGUACUUGGGGAGGUUCUUCUACGAUACUGCUGAUUGCGGUCCCGAAGAGCUUGCCUACAUAGAGGAAGUGAUCUCCAACUCGCCACAGUAUGAAGGCAAGGAGGAAGAUCUGCCCUUUGUCGAUCGAGUGAACGAGCGUGCCGACUUUGAUCCAAUGGACCAGCGACUGGGUCCCUCUCGCAUACUUUUCGGCACGCGACAUCCGUAUCACCCCCCUUCCUCCCCAGAUGACCUGAUCAAUGGGAGGUGGCCCAUCGUCAAUCAGAGCAUCUCUGCUAUCAAGCGGCUGCAGACAUGGGAUGAUGACGCCAAAGCCGCCGUCUUUGGCUUCACCAGCCUCGAGCUGCUGGAUCUCGUGUUCUAG